AUGGAACUACUUUGGCCUGACCUGAAGGACAUUGGCCCUCUCACCAUGGCUACGAUAUCCGCGCCGCAAUGGCGCCAUAUGUACCGCGCAUUACUCCGUGAAUGCUCCUAUCUCUCUGAUCCUAUCGCCAAAGCUACCAUGCAUGACUACGUUGUCCAGCGUUUUCGGCAGGCCUCCUAUGACCCUCGAGCCAAAUGGCGCAACGAUCCCCGCCGACAAACCGCUCUUCGGAGAGCAGCUCACGAGAAACUAUGUUUGUUACAAAGGGCAAACGAAGGGUAUAUUCGGCCCCUAGAAAAGGUCCUUCGGUUAUCCUAUGGGCGGAAGGGGAGAAAGAGAAGGGAACUGUUGACUGCGAUGCUUAUUCCUGAGCUCCCAACGGACCACUCAGCGGUCGAAAACAUGAUUCAAAAACCGGCGAUGUUUGAGGACGGCUGGAUGCCUCCUUCGAUUAUGAUGGACCUCCUCAGAUCACAACGGCAUAGCGGUGUGGGGGGACAAUUGAACAUCCGUCAGAUCAAAGAACUUGCGCCAGUAAUUCCCACGGAGAACAGCUGGGGAAAACCACUCUCUGCAAGCCGGCGUGCAAGGAUUAGAAAAAAGUGGUACUAUAAAGCGCUUGAAAACCUUCUCCCGCCGCUUCCAGAUGCCGAGCUCAGAAUUUUAGACGGCUUGAUCUCGAAAACUGUACCAUGGUCACCCCCUAAGAAGAGGAAGCCUGUUGGAGUUCGUUCGGAGCCGGCUCCCUCCCUCGAUGCUACAUUUUUGACGGAUGGACCGCAGAAAGACCCCACGUUCAGGAAAUAUAUCAAUGGGCGGCCCCAUACGAUUACACGGCGUUUUAUGGAAAGAAUGUGGAGGCGCAUAUCCAACCUGGUCCCGCGCAUGACGUGGGAUUCAGCCUCCCAAAGACAUAAUAUCAUAUGGCCACCAACGAAAAAGAUCGCAAGGCUUAGUUUUUCGACAAAGGAACAGGAUCAUGAUCAUGGCAUUUUCGAAGGAUUUGAUGAAAACGGCAAAGUAAUUAGUGAGAUGCACCGAGGAUGA